AUGAACGACUUACAACAAGCUGUUCAUCUUAUAGAAUCAUUGUACUUGCCUCAACCUCCAAGCAAUGUCAAUGAAAUUCAACAGCAGCUACAAGCAGUUCAGCGAUCUGAUCAUGGACUGGAAUUGGGCAACCAGUUACUUUCACAAGAGAUGGGAUCACCCAAUAUCGAGUAUUUUGGAGCUUUGACUUUGGCGGUUCAAUUCCACACAACUAAUUCUACAGAAAUACUAGCAGAGCUUUUGAAGCUCAAUAUGUUGCAUUUGAGUCAACGGGCCCGACUUCACAUCACAAAUGGUCGGCAAAACGGAUCUCCCAUGCUUGUCAUCAAAAAGCUAAUGUCCAAUGCAGCACAGAUAUUUUUUAGAGUGAACAGUGCGGACGCCCUGAAUGGACCGCACGCAGUCUUAGAAUGGAACAACCCUUUAGAAACCUUCUGCACGCUUGUUUCACACCCAGCGCUGUCGCCAGACAGCGCUAACGAAGUUUUCGCACACGUAUUAUCCGAAAAAAUAUCCUAUGAUCAUCUCAUCUCACUUAUCAACUCGUCGCCAGACUUCAAUGCUCUGGCACUUCUAUUUUCCGAGGUCAUUAUGGAAGAUUUGAAAAAACAUCAAUCUAGUAAAGUUGGAAUUUCACGACUUCACGGAGUGGUGCAUGACCAUUUGUACAUAUCCAGCACGUCCAUUAUCAACUACAACCUCCAGCAGAUCGCAUUGGCCUUUCACAAUAAUCCCAGAGAACGGGCUCCAUUUGCUGACAGUGUUUUCCAGUGCGCCAUUGCUUGGGUGAACUACACUAUUAUGGCCAGGAGUAAAUCGCAGGGCCAUAUGGACCUAAGCGAGAUGUUUGAGAUUCUGAUCCAACUAAUGUGCUUGCACGAUUCUGCAAAUCAUUUCCCCUUCUCUGAAAAUGUGAUAGCUAUUCUGGGUGAAGUUUUUGCCAAUGAUCCCACAAUGUUGAGCUAUGAAUUGAGAUCAAAUGUGGAGGGCAUUUUCUUGGGGGUUCAUAAAUCUUCUGAUAAUGGCGCCGAUAGUCACCAAUGGAUGCUUCAGUACAUGAACCACCUGGUGGUGGAUGAAAUGUACGAAGAGCUCAAAGAACUGGCCCUCUGUGUCGUGGACUUUUUGCAAAUCAGUAAUUUAGACGUUUGCAACAAACUAUUCACAACGGUUUCGAACGGGAAUGCCGGCAACUUAGAUCAAUACAUCAAGGUUUUACUACAGAUGACCAACUUUACAUUGACUCCCGUUUUAGAGGAGUUUUUCUCCGUGAGAAUGGUAGACUUUUGGCUCGAUUUAUGCGAUGGAUACAACAAUCUGGUGAGAGACACUUUUAAACCUGAAACGCCAGAAUUGGCAGCACAUUUGUUCGGUCAAGUUGUUCAAAUCUAUUUGCCUAAGAUUCAACUAUCGAUAAAGCAAAAAAUUGUACAGGAGGGAGAGGACGAAACUUUGUUGCAUGAAUUUGAUGACUUUAGAAAUGCAGUUUUGGACCUGAUGGAAUCGAUGUGGGCGGUGCUGGGAAAUGAAAAGCUGACGAACAUUCUCAUAUCUAGCAUUGGACAAUUGACACCCAGCUCAGGGGAUGAUCUGUUCCAGAUCGAAGCAAUGUGUUUUUGCCUCGACAAGCUUUUGACAGAUAUGACUCUCAGUGGAAGCCCGGUGGUUUGCGGGACUUUGGAGGCCAAUCAGGGAUUUCUGACCAACGUUUUGCUGCUGAUUCAAACCGGCUGUCAACAAAAGGGAGCCUCUAACGGGAAAGAGGCUCAAAUUUUGAGUUGUGAUUUUGUCAAGACCGGCUCUUCGAUGCUGGCGACCGCGGCUGAUUUCAUCAAGAGCGACAGCCAUAGACUAAGGAGCUGUAUGGACGUUUUGUUCGGAUCGCUGGAGACGUGUGCGAAUGCGGACGCAGCGGAUAGUAAAAUCGAGCUCUCGCUAACGCGAUGCACGACGAAAAUGUGUGAGACAAGCCGUGCAGAGCUCGCAUCAUAUCUGCCCACUUUCCUCACAAUACAGAAAGCUAUGAUGCACAGAAGCUCUAAAGUAUCGGCCUACACUAAGCAAAAAUUCACCUGCUGCGUGGGGUACCUAAUUCAGGACUGCUUGAGAGACGGGCCAGCGCGCCAGGCGGAGUACUUGUCGCGGGUGAUUGGCACGAUUCGAAACGAGAUUUUGGAGUGUAUCAGCGAUCGAGACCACGUCUUGUGCCUGUUGCACUGUGUUUCGGAACUCGGAGGUGCGCUAGCGGUGCCCACAGAGGGUGCUGACGACCAAUAUGCGGCGCAGUUAGUCCAAAGUAACGAGUAUUGGGUUGCAGACCCACCACAACUGCGCGCAACGACGCUUGAUCUGCUGGAGCGCGUGCUGGCGCAGUAUGCUAGUGAUUCCGAGUUCGUGGAGCGUGCGUGUCUGAUCAUGGGUAGUCAGCUAGCGGCAACAGAAGAGGGGCCGCAUUUUCUGGGGUACUCGAUGCAAGAGCUGUUGGACUUUCUGCUAAAGCGUAACGGAGCGUGUGAACCCGCUGUGGCGUUGCCAUAUCUUUCUUAUCUGUUGGAACUGGUGGUUCGUCGUUACGCCAGCUCGCUAGCCCCAUCGGACUUGGACUAUCUCUUUGGCGAGUUUUUCUUGGGCUCACACCGCGCAGCGGUGGCAUCGGACCCGGACCUGACACAACUGAUGAUUAAUUUUGUGAGCUCGGUGCUGGAGACGCGUCCUGGACUGAUAGUUCACGGCGAACGGUGGCCCACGUUCAUUUUGCCCGAGUUUGUGCACGCACUGGGCGUAAAGGAGAGGUUCACCAUUGCUGCAGUGACCAAAUUCUGGACCAAGGUUGUAAACAACAAGCGCUUUUCACGCGCAGACGAAGUUGCCGUUCGCGCUCAAGUGUGCGAGUUGGGUCCGCAGCUGGUUGCUCACACGUUACAAGCGCUACUACACGCGCAGAGGUCCGACCUGGCGUGCUACUCGGACUUUUUGCGUGCUCUGGUCGCACGCUAUCCAUUGCAGUCGCGUCAAUGGCUAGAGCAGGCGUUGCCCGAGCUGGCCGCACACCAGCUUCGUGCGCACCAGGUGCUAAUGGAGAAACUUUUCGUGACGCGCGGCAGCCGGGCCGCAACGAACGCAGUCCUGGAAUGGUGGUUGGCCUGCAACGGGCUCCCGCCGCUGGCGGGGGCCACGGCAGCCUAG